GUUUUUUCUCAGUUCUCAGCUCGAUCGUAUCAUCCAUCCUACACUAACAAAUUAAAGAUCCAACCAUGACGACAACUAGUCUAAGAAACUCAGUUCUCGUAUUUACGUUGUACGCACUGGCUUUUUCCUUAUCAGUCAGUGCACGACCGGCCACGUUUCUUCAGGACUUCAAAGUCUUCUAUGCCGACUAUCACGUCAAGCAAGCCGAAGGCGGCCGAGCCAUCCAGCUUGUUCUCGACCAGAGCUCAGGAAGUGGGUUCGGUUCCAGAUACAAAUACCUCAACGGACGUUUCAGCAUGAAGAUCAAGCUGGUUCCCGGUGACUCCGCCGGAACCGUCACCGCCUUUUAUUUGAACUCGGACACAGGCAACGUGCGAGACGAGUUGGACUUUGAGUUCUUGGGAAAUCGGUCGGGACAACCUUAUACCGUUCAAACUAACGUGUAUGUCCAUGGAAAGGGCGACAGGGAAGAAAGAAUCAAUCUGUGGUUUGACCCUUCUCUUGAUUACCACACUUACACAAUCAUGUGGAACCAUUGCCAUUGCGUAUUCUACGUGGAUGAAAUCCCGAUCAGAGUAUUCAAGAACAACGAAGCAAAAGGGUUGCCGUACCUGAAGUACCAACCCAUGGUGAUUUACUCCACGUUGUGGGAAGCCGACGACUGGGCGACAAGGGGCGGGUUGGAGAAGAUUGACUGGAGCAAAGCUCCGUUCAAUGCUUACUACAAAGAUUUCGACAUUGAAGGAUGUCCGGUGCCGGGGCCGACGGGAUGUUCGUCGAAUCCCAAGAACUGGUGGGAAGGGGCGGCGUACCAGCAGUUAAGCGCCGAUGAAGCCAGGCGUUACCGUUGGGUACGUAUGAACCACAUGGUUUAUGACUAUUGCACCGACAAAGCAAGAUACCCGGUGCCCCCACCAGAGUGUAGGGACGGGAUAUGAUCCAUCAUCCAACGUAAGCAAGCAUAUAUACACAUAUACAUUUCCGAUACGGUCGGUGAUCAUCUUUCCGUCUACUGGAGCCCUUACAUCUUUUCUAUUAUUGUACUUUCUUUGUAUAUUUGUCGACGUUUCGUAUUUCAAUUGCAGACUGCCCCUAUAAGUUACGGUACACUUACUAAGUUGUGGAAAAUGGGAGGGGGGUAGGAUGGGAAUAAGAACAAAAAAAAAACCAAGUUUCUAUCAUUUUUUUUUGUGGUUGUGUUCAUAUAUCUAUCUAUCUUAAUAGUAUCCAUAAAGACUAAUUAAAAGCGUAUGGGGCUGCCUCCUGCCAGGCAAGCGAUUAGUGGGCAGAGAAAUGUCAUUUUUAUUGUUGUGUUUGAUUUGAUGUUAUCAUUGUUAUGUGUACACUGUAUAAGCCAAUAAUGCUUCUUUUUUACAUGAUGGUUUAUGAAAACGAUGGAAUUUACGUAA